CCCAAAGAUACUUCAACAAAGUACUGAGUAAAAGGUCUGAAUACUUAUGUAAAUGUUAUAUUUAAGUUUUUUUUAUUUUUAAUAAAUUAGCAAACAUUUCUAAAAACCAGUUUUUGCUUUGUCAUUAUGGGGUAUUGUGUGUAGAUUGAUGAAGGGUGGGGACAACUUAAUACAUUUUAUAAUAAGGCUGUAAUGUAAGAAAAUGGGAAAAAAGUGAAGGGGUCUGAAUACUUUCCGGAUUAACUACAUAUUGAAUAUUGAAUGUGUGUUAACUGUACAGCUGUUGUUUUAUGAUCAACGUGCGUCUGUUAAAUAUUGCAAAGACUUAUUCAGCGUUUUCUAUGUUAUUUAAAAAUGAAGAAAAUAUUUUGAUAGUGUUUCAUGAUAAAAUGACUGCUUGACACACCCAUACACAAAAAGGAGACAGGAGAGCAGGAAUGAAAGGAGGGAAUAAGUAUUGUUGGAACGGGCGCUGCUAGUGAGCCGCUAACCGUUGGAUGUUGGAGUGACAGCGACAUGAGCUGGUCAGAGCGGAUCAUGCUGAUGCGAGAGCAUCUCUCUCCGUCUCUGGUGGGUUAGAUAGGAGGUCCAGUCGGACCCAUUUCACUGCGACACCUGCUCUAAUCUAUCCACCAUUAACAACGGACAGGGCUGUCAGAACAGAACGAAUGAGCAAAUAGCAGACAGGUCUGGACUACAACACCCGUCUAUCGCUCACAAUGAAACAGGGUGGUCUCGUGGACGACACGGAGGAUGUGGAGUUGGAUUUCAGUACCGAGGAGGAGGAGCAGAGAGCGCUCAGGGGGGCAAAAAUCCGACACCCCCUCGCCUCCUUCCUGCACCUGUUCUUCCGAGUGGCUGCCAUAGUAACCUACCUGCUCUGUGAUUGGUUCACCAAGAGCUUUACUUCCUGCUUCAUUAUGAUCAUCACUCUGCUGUCCUGCGACUUCUGGUCCGUUAAGGUGAGAACACACACACACACACACACACACACACACACACACACACUUUCUCACAUGUGUGUGUGUCAGAAUGUGACAGGCAGGUUGUUGGUGGGUCUGCGAUGGUGGAACCAGAUCGAUGAGGAUGGGAGAAGCCUCUGGGUGUUUGAGGACAGGAAGUCUUCUCCCCAGGCCGGUGGUACGGAGGUGGAGGCCAGGAUCUUCUGGUCGGGUCUGAUCAUCUGUCCUCUCAUCUGGACCGGCUUCUUCUUCACUACCCUGUUCUGUCUGAACAUACACUGGCUGGUGUUGGUGGUAGCCAGUAUCUCUCUCCAGGUGGCUAAUCUAUAUGGUUACCUGCGCUGCAAGAACGGCAGACAGGAAGCCCCACCCACAUGCACUUCCUCUUUCCUGCAGGGACAGCACUUCCUCCAGCGGGUGAGGUUAGGGGUUAGAGCCUGAUAUCAUCUCCAGAAUGCUGUGAUGGAAUAGGAAUCACCUGCAGCUGCCUUCUUCUCUCUCUCUGUGUGUGUGUGUGUGUGUGUGUGUGUGUGUGUGUGUGUGUGUGUGUGUGUGUGUGUGUGUGUGUGUGUGUGUGUGUGUGUGUGUGUGUGUGUGUGUGUGUGUGUGUGUGUGUGUGUGUGUGUGUGUGUGUGUGUGUGACAGACAGAGCAGGAAAUGUUCUGGAACUCAGAAGGGGAUUUACAGAAGCCUCUCCAAGGCCUCUCAACAUCAAAGCUACUGGAAUUACAUUAGUUUCAUAUUCAGCAUUUUAAUUAUUUUGAUUUAAAUUUAUAUUUCUAUGAAUAUAUACAGUAUUUUUUACUUCUAAUGAUGUUAUAAUCUGUUUCCUGUCUGUCUGAUGGCUAAUAGAACAAACACACCUUCCUGUUUUCUGUCUGUCUGAUGGCUAAUAGAACAAACACACCUUCCUGUUUCCUUUCUGUCUGAUGGCUAAUAGAACAAACAUAACUUUCUAUUUCCUGUCUGUCUGAUGGCUAAUAGAACAAACACUCCUUCCUGUUUCCUGUCUGUCUGAUGGCUAAUAGAACAAACACACCUUCCUGUUUCCUGUCUGUCUGAUGGCUAAUAGAACAAACACACCUUCCUGUUUCCUGUCUGUUUGAUGGCUAAUAGAAAAAACACACCUUUCUGUUUCCUGUCUGUCUGAUGAACAUAAUUAAAACACUGAAGAAUUGAA